UUGUUUUUCUGUAUUAGAGUUCGAAAGAGCCGAGAGCCUGAUACGGAAAAUUCUUUGUUAUUUGAAUUUGCAGCGCAAUCGAAGAAAGGCCGACAGACGUACCAGCGUUAUCAGACGUCAGUGCUUGAGAGCAAGUUCCAACAGAGCAGCUAUGUUAGUAAAAAGCAGCGUGAGGAGCUGCGGCUUCAGACCAACCUCAGCGAUCGACAGAUCAAAAUUUGGUUCCAGAAUCGACGCAUGAAAGCCAAAAAAGAGAAGAAUCGAUGUGAGGAGCAGAACGAGCACUCCGCUCUAUUGCCCGCAAAUCCACCGAAGCAACUCGUCGUCGAUAACGCUGCAGCUGCGGCCGCCGCAGCUGCUGCAGCUGCAGCGGCGGCUGCGGCCGAGGAACGCGCAGACAAAAAAGCAGGUGGUGGCAGCAGUACAGGGUGGUGCAUGGCAGCCAUGCCGACAAUGCCACAACCGUGGCCUAACCAAGUACCACCUCAUCCUGCAUCCUAUGUACCUAUGCACCUCGAAAAAUUAUUCCUGUGCUCUCAGCAGCCCUCCAACAAACAUCCGGGAAAAUCCAAAAAAGGCAUAAUUGCAGAUAGCUGUAAGAAGAGAGGGAGGCAAACGUACAGCCGUCAUCAGACGCUGGAACUUGAGAAGGAAUUUCAUUACAAUAAAUAUUUGACUCGACGGCGGCGCAUCGAGCUGAAUCGUACGCUGGGUCUCACUGAACGGCAGAUCAAAAUUUGGUUCCAGAAUCGCCGAAUGAAGAAAAAAAAGGAGGAUAGGGCGAGGGAAGAAUACAGAAACUACUCGCAUGGUUGUGACAAUUGAUC